AAUAAUUUAAUUCAAAAUAGAGGCUGCAAUUUAUUUAUCGAACUAAAGCUUUACAGUAAUGUUGGCAAAUUCUCUGAGAAAAUACGCUUCUUGCUGCUUUGUCUUUAUCAUUCUUCUAAUUCUGUGGCAAUUUCUAUACCUAGUGACACAUGAAAAGAAUAUUAAAGUGAUAAAUUAUGAGCCAAAAUUUAUUCUUCUUUAUGAGGUUCCCAGUUGGAUGAAAACAAAAUACCAUGUUAAUUUUACAUCAAAUUGUGUUGUGACUACUAACAAAAAUUAUUUUGCUGAUAUAAGAAAGUUUGAUGCUUUAGUUUUUAGUGGAUCAGAUAAUUGGACAGCAGAAGAAACGUUUCCAAUUUUGAGAUCUCCUCAUCAAUAUUAUGUUUUUGCUGAUCACGAAACCCCAUUCUAUACACUGCACAAAUUCUCAAAAAAUUCUAGAGAGAUAUACAAUCUUACAAUGACCUACAGAGAAGAUUCCGAUAUCUAUUGGCCAUAUGGUUUCAUUACUGACCAAAAUAUAACCUAUUUGAGUGAUCCUGUUGUACCAAUAUGGAAAACACCAAAUUUUGAAAAUAACAUGGAUCACGAAAUAUUACAAAAAAUAAAAAAGAAGAAAAGAACUGCAGCAUGGUUUGUGUCUAACUGUCAGCCUCCCUCUAAACGUACUUUUUUGGUAAUAUCUUUAAGACGACAUAUAGAUGUUGAUGUCUACGGAAAGUGUGCAGCUCUACAAUGUGAUCAACAAAAUGCAGAACGAUGCUACGAGUUUGUGGAAGGAAAGUACUUUUUCUAUUUAUCUUUUGAAAAUUCGCUGUGCAAAGAUUAUCUAACGGAAAAGGUGUUUAACAUUAUGCAGUACUACAUUGUUCCGGUUGUUUACGGUGGAUCUAACUACUCAAAUCAUCUUCCUCCACAUUCCUACAUUGACGCCAAUGACUUUGCAACUGCCACAGAAUUGGCAAGUUACCUGAAAUAUCUUACAAACAAUAUCCAAGAAUAUGUCAAAUAUUUUUGGUGGAAAAAGUACUACAAGAGUGUCAGAACAUCCCUAUCUUAUAACAAUCUUUGCGAUAAACUCUACAAAUUUACAUCAGUUCCUGGACAACAAUUUGUAAAAUCCUAUAAAAAUAUUGAUUCCUGGUUAAAUGAUGGACAAUGUGGAACAACACCAAAAAUAAAAUUUAACUAAAAAACUGCUAAAUCAAAUGGAUAUGCUUCAUCAAAAUUUUAAGUAACUUGAUAGUUGGAGAAUUAUUAAAGAAUAAAGUCAGGUUGCUGUCACCUCGUAAACUAGAUAAUGAAACACGACACAGAAAAAAUAAUGAUCAGCAAUUAAUUUUAAAAAAAAUUAAAAUAAAUAAAAUUAGUCGCAAAAAAUAAAAAAAAGAAAUAUAUAGAAACUUUAAUGGCUCGAAGUAAAAAAAAUGAAGAUUUAUAAAAACCAAGAAAUUUAGUAGAAUAAACCAAAAUGUAAAGUCAGCUCUUUUGAGUUUCAUUCCAUUAUUUUGAAACCCGUUCAGUGGAGUUUUAGAUGUGGCAUCGUUAUUAAAAAAAAACUUUUAUUAAAUCCACAACAUUUAUAAGUACAAAAUUUCAUAAAGACCUGAGGGGUGACAUGGUAACUUAUUUUCGAUAUUAUCGAUUGUCGAUUUUGAAAACUUUAAAAGAUAGCUGCACCUUCUGUAACUAAUAUAGAUAUUUAUCAACAUAUUCUUUUAAGAAUGUCACUAUGAAUGGCCCAACAAAGCGUAAAAAGUCUACAUUCACUUAAUCUAACAGAUAUAGAUUUAUCGAUACUAUCGAUUCGAUAGUAUCGAAAAGUUAUCAUUCCACUCCUGUUUUCAAAAAAGCACAAAAAUUUAAAAAAAAAACAACAACAGAAAAUUUGUUUUUCAAUUUAUCUGAACAAUUAUAUAAAAAUAGAUAUCAGUAUGCAAGUAGGAGUUUUUGUGUAAUAUAGUCUGCUAGUUAACCGAACAAAUUUUACCGAUUA